AGACGAAAACCCAUUCACGUUAGUGGAUGGCAGUUCAAAAUUUUAGUAUGUGUUAAAUAACAGAAAUUUGUAAAUAAUGAUGUGAAUAGUUUAGUUUCUUUGUUUGAUUUACACAUAAUGAACUCGUCGGCGAACGCGUUUCUGCAAGGCCAGAAAAUGAAAACUGGCCUGCACUGCAGCAAAGAUGCCCUGACUGACAUGUUUGGAUGGUUCCUGCAAGUACUACUUGCUUCUUUGGCGUUUACCUGUUUAGUUGCUAAACGUUUUUGUGAACCUCGAAAGGAGAGAAGGUCUUGGCUGAUAUGGUUUUAUGAUACAUCCAAACAAGGAAUGGGGGCCAUGGCAAUACAUUUGGCUAAUGUGUGGCUAGCUGGACAAUACACUGGAGAUCCAUGUACUUGGUAUUUAAUAAACUUCCUACUGGAUUCCUCAUUGGGUCUUUUAAUUAUUUUUGUAGGAAUAAGAAUAUGUCAGUAUCUGGCUCGUACCAAAGGUUGGGAAGCAAUAAAUUUUGGCGAAUAUGGUAAACCACCUUCGGCUAAUGCUUGGAUGGCACAGUGUUGCUUAUAUGUAGGCUUGAUGGUAAUUGUAAAGGUCUCAAUUACUCUAUUCAUGCAAUUGGAUUUCUGGGAAGGUGUGAAGAAUUUUAUAUUGUCGCCUAUUAAUAAUCCCAAGGUGGAAUUAGCAUUUGUCAUGCUCAUUAUACCAUUUUUUGUAAAUAUGCUAAUGUUUUGGGUUACUGACAACUUUUUGAUGUACAAAGACCCCACUAAAAGACGAAGGAAUAGCAGCGGAUCUGAGGACAGUCUAUUGCAGAAGGCAAAAGUCAAAUACAGAGCGUUUAGAAAAAAACGGGACUCCGAGAGUGAUAUUUUGCUGUCGGCUGACGAUGAACUCUUGGAUUCAGAGUCUGUACCUAUAAACAGGCCUCUAGUAAUUUAAGGUAGAUCUGGAAUCUACAAAUAAAUUGUUGUGUAAGAACUCUCUUUUUAAGAUAAAAUCUUAGUAGUGUUAUGUUAUUUAAAAUUAAUUCAGUUAUUUAUUAAUACUUUUCUCAAAAUACUCAGAGUUAUGUUCUUAGAUCCAUGGCUUUCAGUAUUUUGAGUUUAAAGUAGUUGUGAUAUGAAUAUAGUCAUUUUGAUUUACCAAAAGAAUGUACAAUAAUUUAAAAUAAAUACGUCACUGUCCAGUUUAGUGCCAAUUUCGAUCACUUAAUUUUCUAUAUACUAUUUUACCGUCCCAAAAACAAUUUGACGCAUAUGUGUGACAACAUUGUUUACAAUCAUAGCAGCUAAACAUUAUCAAUCGUAGAAAAAUAUACAUUUUUUUAUAUUCAAUUGCUCAGGAUGCAAAUGAUAUUCUAUGUUAGAUUAAUUAAAAUUUUAGAAGCAAUGUUUAAAUUCCUACUUCUAAGAUUUUACUGACCACCUAAUACUCAGCUAGUCAAUAUAAAAUCUCUCUGAAAUUAAUAUAUUUUUAAACAUAUCUGUACAUACAAAAAAAAUUUCAUGUCUGUCUCAUACCUAACUGACGAUUUAACAUAAAAUGAAACGUAUGACGUAAAUUUAAGGAACUUUUGAAGUGAUAAAUUUAAAGUUUCUUUUAUUUUCAGUAUGGAUUAAUUUGUGUAUAAUAAAACAUUGUUAAAACGGGAAUAAAGUAAAGAAAAAAGAAAUAACUUUGCGAUAAUACAAUACUUUUUAGCAAUAGACAUUAAAUAGAAUUUGUUCUUUCUAGAACUUAAUAUAGUAAACACAUAAACUAAAAAGAACAAAAUUAGACUAAUUUCCUUAUUUUUAUAUUUAAAGUAAAAAUUGUGUCAUACUACAACAUAAUUCUUAUCACAUAGUUACUUAUUAUUUACAUUAUUUGCAUUAAAUUAUAAAAGUGUUUAAUUAAUUUUCCAACACGUUUUCCUUGUUUUAUAUUCUGCACAGGUAAAAUUAAUUAUACGGGUUUUAUUUUUGCAGAAACAAUAGGACAUGUGUAUAAAAAUGUGUCCCGUUUAAUUUAAUUAAUAUCGAUUUUUAUUGAUGGACUUAAAAAUUUGAAUAUUGUGAUACAAUUCUUAAUUUGUGAGAAACGAGUUAAUUGUUCUAUUUUUGAUAUUGGUUAAAUUGUUUCUUAAGUUUAAACUUUGUUUUAGUACUUAUAUUUUUUUAAUUCAAUAACUUUUGUGAUUACUUGUUACCAAAUGAACGAAUUAGUCCAGUUGUACAUGCUUUUAUCUACUAGGUGCUCUUUGUUUUUGUAAUUAUUAUCAGGCUGUAUGAUUUUGACAAAGGUUAUAUGAGUUUUGUAUAAGAAUAUUAAUGUCAAGCGGGAACCCGAAAGCUGGCUUUUGGUGACUCAAAAUUCAAAGAUUUUCCACACUAAAGUGAACAUUACAAAUUGAAAUUUGUUUCUUGGUCUGUAUGAUCUACACAAAUACCAUAGUACUUACUCAGGAAAUUCAGCUAAGAGUAUUAUGUGUAAUUUAUUCCAAAUUUUUAUGCGUGUCACUAAUCUUUGUCGAAGUCUUAUGAAAGACAUUGUACAUGUAUACCCAUUUGUAUAUUGAUAGAACAUUAUAGGAUAAUAAAUAAUGAAAUAUCUGCUGUAAUUGUUUAAAGUCAUAUCAUUAAAUCUGUGCGUCCAAAAAUUGUACAAGUUGUAGAGAAACAACUUUUGUUCAUUACUGUAAAAUAUUGUAAUUUUCUGUUUCAUGUUGGCAUUUGAUAUCAUUCCUUAUAUUAUUAUUUUGCUGUAAAAUUGUUGCAUACAGCAUCGUAGAACAACGAAAUACAGUAAAGGAGGUAUAUUGAUAAUGGCAAACCACCAUAUAUUGAAUAAGCUCGGUUCCUCUACUGACACAUGAAAUGAUUGUAUGUGAUAAAUUUUGCUAUAUACGUAUAUAAUCUAAUUGUAUAAAUAUUUAUUGUAAAUUAACCAAAACCUUAUAUUAUAAGUACUAAAAUUUCAUGUAUUCGUUAAGCUCAGAGAUAUAUAUUUUAUUAAAUAUCAUUUUAUAUA